GCGCCGCGGCAGGACAGGUGUCGCAGCGCAGCGCCCCCUCCAGUCGGCGCCCGGCUGCAGCGAGCGCAGCGCCCCGGCCCGGCCCGGCGGAGCCCAGACCGCGAGGAAGUACCAACCACUCAUUGGACAGGAUGGAUUGGGGUGCACUCCAUACUAUCCUGGGAGGUGUCAACAAAUACUCCACCAGUAUUGGGAAAAUCUGGCUCACAGUCCUUUUCAUUUUUCGAGUCAUGAUCCUCGUGGUGGCCACUAAGGAGGUGUGGGGAGAUGAGCAGUCCGAUUUUACCUGCAACACCCUCCAGCCUGGCUGCAAAAAUGUUUGCUAUGACCACUACUUCCCCAUCUCUCACAUCCGCCUGUGGGCCCUGCAGCUGAUCUUCGUGUCCACACCAGCACUCCUGGUAGCCAUGCACGUUGCCUACCGGAGACAUGAGAAAAAACGAAAGUUCAUUAAGGGAGAAAUGAAGAGUGAAUUUAAGGACAUUGAGGAGAUCAAAAACGAGAAGGUCCGUAUAGAAGGGUCGCUGUGGUGGACCUACACAACCAGUGUCUUCUUCCGGGUCAUCUUUGAAGGUGCCUUCAUGUACGUCUUUUACAUUAUGUACAACGGCUUCUUCAUGCAGCGCCUGGUGAAAUGUAGUAGUUGGCCUUGUCCCAAUACGGUGGACUGCUUUAUUUCCAGACCCACAGAAAAGACUGUCUUUACUGUGUUCAUGAUUGCGGUGUCUGGCAUUUGCAUCUUGCUAAACGUCACAGAAUUGUGUUAUUUGGUCAUUAGAUAUUGUUCCAGAAAGUCCAAAAAACCAGUUUAGCAUUACAUUACAGCUGUAGGUAAAAGAUUACGUAAAAGGGUAAAGCCACGUGUGCUUUGCUGUCAAGCAUCACUCGCCAGCAUUUGUCAAGACAACGAUUCCCAUUUUAAGUUGACCUAGUGGAACUCCUAGGCCUCCCAUGAAACCCCAGCACCUGUGAUGGAGCUCUUGGCUCUCAGACCCCCAAAACAAAGGCUAAGUCCAUGACUGUGUUAAUUUUUACUAAAGUUAGUUCCAAUGAGACCCAAGCUGGUAGGGGUUUUGGUGAAAGACACUUUCAUAUUUGAAACCAAGCCUAGUAUCAUUCGUUUCUGUUUUUCUGAGAAUAGACUACAAAGGCCUGGUCCUCUAGAAAAUGUCCAGAAAGUUCCAGUGCCCCUCUUAAACACAUGCUGCACGUUCCCCCAGUUAAAAGUAAACAUGGAGAAUCAUGGUUCUUUCAUUUGCUUUAGAAGUUGUAACAGUGGACAAAGUUACCUAAUGCUUCGAUCACUACUGUACUUUUUUUUAAUGAAAACUUUAAUAUAAGACAGGUUCUUUUGAUCCAAAGAUGUUCUGAAAACCAUUAUACACUCUUCCUAUGUUAGUCUCAGAUGAUGAUGCAUAAAUGGUAUGGGAUUAGAUCCUCUAAUUUAAAAGAUGGCCUUUUGGUUAUGUGUGAUUUGCAGAGUGGCUGUUAAUAACCGUGGUUUAUUGCACACACCCUCGAAGCCUGUCUCAAAUGAGACAAACUAGAAGUUCUUCAUGACAGAGAGCAAAUGCCCUCAUUUCAAAACUGUAUGUAUUGUUUUAUAUCAGAAAUACAAACUGGAUCUACCACCCA